AUGUCCAUGAAAUUGUUCACCAUUCAUGAUAUAACCCUGUUUGACAAACUAACAGCUAGCCAGAUCAAGGAAAUGAUGUAUCAGUAUUCGUCUGCUGAGCAACCUCGUAGAACUUGUGCUUCUAUGUUGGCAGUGAGAAUGGUUGAAUCCCACAAAUCCGAAGGAAAAAUGAGGGUUUCAAUGUUGCCCAUAAAGUUCAAUAUUGAUCAAGAUACCAUGGAGUUCCUGGACGACUUCUUCCAAGAAGUUCGAACAAGCGUGCAUCUGCCUAACGAAGUGUCCGAUGCGAUUUCUGCGAGGCCUGUCUUGGAAGUGCCGGCUUCCGUGUCUUCGAGAGACAUUGACAUUGACAUGCGAUCAAGUCAUAUUUAUCCUUCUCUGAAUAGCGAUGCUUUGGUGAAUCUAGAUGUACUAACUCCUGAAGCUGCACCAUCACCUAUCUAUGAUCUGUCUUACCUGGAGCAUCGAAGUCAACCAGAGUCACCUGUCAAAAGACCUCUUGCCGAUGCGCCUCUCACUGCCUCAGCAUCGAGUAGCCCGGACCUCAUCCGAGCAGACAUCUCUACCGAAGACGAGCCCUUGGCAGACGAUGACUUGCACCUAGCAGGAGACUGGAGUUGCGAUAGCGGAAUCAGAUUUACUGAUCCAGAUCCUUCUGUGGAUAGAAUGCUCAGCUCCUCUUUACAUGACUCUUUCCACCCCGCCAUCUCUGUACCAGAACAUGAUGUAGAUUCCGCAGCGAUUAGCGAAGAUCUUGUGGACACUAGUAGCGACAUAGCUGAUUGUUCAAAUGACGCUGAUAGGUCUACGAUUUGUGAUGAGGAAACUUCUACGCAGAUGGCCGGCUCUUCAGUCGAGCACCAAUGCACGCCCGAGCCAUCCGAAUCAACGCGAGGCAGUACAUUCUUCAAGGAAUUCAUAUUUUCUCCAGCUGUUUCAAUCUAUGUUGAUUACCAUGGGAAGAAUAAGAUUAACGUGGAGAAAAAUGGAGCAGUUUUCGGUCGGUACUAA